AUGACCAAACUCACGUUGCUAGCUUUGUGUGAAAACAAUCCUUCUGGAUCGAUUCCUUCUAGUAUUGGCAAGAUGACAAAGUUGUCCACAAUAUGUUUGCUUCACAACAAACUUAGUGGCAAUCUUCCAUCAAAAAUGAAUAACCUAACCAAGUUGCAAUCCUUGCAAAUUUCUAACAAUAAUUUCAAAGGUCAUUUGCCUCAAGACAUUUGCCAUGGUGAGGUACUAGCUUAUAUUAGUGCCAAUCAAAAUCAUUUCAGUGAUCCAACUCCUAGAAGUUUGAAGAAUUUCUCUGGCCUUAGAAGAGUUAGACUUGAAAGCAAUCAAUUCACAGGAAAUAUAGUUGAUGCUUUUAGUGUAUACCCAGACUUGUACUACAUUGAUUUGAGUAACAAUGCAUUUUAUGGCCACUUGUCACCUAAUUCGGGUAAGUGCCAUAAUCUUUCAAGCCUCAAGAUAUCCAAUAAUCACUUAUCAGGUUGCAUACCAUUGGAGUUACUCGAGGCAACAAAGUUACAGAGACUUGAUUUGUCUUCAAAUCAAUUGAUAGGAAAGAUUCCAAAAGAAUUGAGUCAAUUGUCAUUAUUGAGUGAGCUUAUGUUGAGCAACAAUCAAUUUUCAAGAAACAUUUCUCCUAAUUUAAUAUCAUUGAAGAACCUUGAACAGUUGAGUCUAGCUAACAACCACUUAAGUGGUUCAAUUCCAAAAAAAGUUGGUCAAUUGAUUAAGUUAUGGGCAUUGAAUUUAAGUAAAAAUAAGUUCUACAGCCUUCCUUCUAGCUUUAGCCAGCUGCAACAUCUUCAAUUUCUUGAUCUUAGUGGAAACUCUUUCACUGGAAAAAAUCCCAACCAUGCUUGGAGAGCUACAACAAUUGGUAAUGUUGAACCUCUCACAUAA